UUCCUUUUGACACCCGAACCCUCGUUAGUUCAUCUUAUCAACUAUAUUUAUAUUAAUUAGUCAUAUUGUGCAGUCAAUUUCUGCACGGUUUUGGUUGAAGAGUUUAUCUUAACAAAUUGUGUACAUAAAUAUAUACUAAUUAUAAAUAAAAAUAUAAAUUUCAACUAGAGUAUCGAUAUCGAUAUUUGCGCCACCCCAUAAACACAAACUAUCGAUAAGUGUCAAUACUGUGCCGACCAUCCAAAGAAAUUAGUUUUGUAAUCCUCGUAAAAGCCGUGCCCCUGCAAAAUUCCACCGGUUUUAAUACAAAUUUGAACACCUCGAUAAUCUAUAUUUCGAAGGCAACGUUUGACGCCUUAAUAAGAAACAGCACAAUCAUGUCGGGAUUUACAGAUGCAACCAGAAACAGUGAGGAGACUGAGGUUAAUGGAUGGAUAAAAUUUGGUCUGCGGCUAGGUGUUAGUGCAGCACUGCAUCCAUUUGAAUAUUCGAAGACAUUAAUCCAGUUGGGCUAUGAGCCAAUCUCUCCACGACCAGGAAGAUCGUUAUUUGGCAGACCCAUUAUGAUAUUGCCAAAUAUCUUUCAGUACGCUGGGCACAUUAGGAAAAUUGAUGGCUUCUAUGGUUGCUAUCGAGGAUUGGCUCCAAAACUCGUUGGUUCGAUAUUGAGCAUGGUGGUUAGUGAGCGGGUGACGCAAGAACUGGGCCUAAUCCCGCCUGAAGAGAUUAAAGAUGAAUCGGAUUUGACAGAGGAAGAGGUUUAUAUCCAAUUUAAGGCAACUCUUAAGCGGGAUAUUGUGUUGACGGUGAGCGGAAUUAUUGCCGCCCAUCCUUUCCAUGUGAUUUCAGUGCGCAUGAUGGCCCAAUUUGUGGGACGAGAGACGUUGUAUACCUCUAUAUACAGUUCUAUUGCUGAAAUUUGGAGAAGCGAAGGCAUUUUGGGCUUCUUUGCCGGCAUUGUGCCCAAAUUGCUGUGCGAUGUCGCCUGUCUGGUUCUAAGCAGUACAACUGUUUAUAUGCUUAAUAAAUAUUUGAUUAAGGAUAAGCUAGCCAGGCAAUAUAAUGCAGGAUUCACCCAAUUCGCAUUCUCCAGUUUGCUAUAUUCCCUUCAAGUAGUCUCUACUUGCUCGGUGGUUAGUGGAUCACGUCUAAUGGCUGGCCAGCCACCAAUUAUGCCUAUAUAUAGGAAUUGGGUUGAUUGCUGGAAUGAUUUACAAUCUCGCAGUGAACUCAAGAGAGGUAGCUCUCUUUUCUGGCGCUCUCAAGUCAUGCCAACUGCGUCGAUAGCCACCGGCUUUGUUCCUUUACCCAAAUUGGCUCGUUACCAAUAAAUAAAUACCGAGAUAAAUUUACUUUCAAGAUGAAUACGACCAGGCUGUGGCUAUCACUUCAACUGUCCACUGCAUUUGAACCUAAGACAUAAAACUGCAUUUUCUUCUUUUAUUGCCUCGACAAAAGAUAACUGCGAUUUUGUUAAUACAAUGCCCAAGUAUAUAUAUAUACUAUAUUCAAUGUGUAAUGUUUGAAGUGAAGUGUGUGGCUUAUCCCAAUUCUGUGGUUUUAUCAAGCAAUCCUUAUUUAUUUGAAUAACCUUUUUCACUCCCUAAAUCGUCAGAAAUUUCCUGUUUAUCCUUUAGUGGCAUUUAAUGCAAUAUCCAAAGAAAUGAAACUUUUGCUUAGUUUACUCUAUAUAUUUGUUUGUUACUGUUUAACUGCGGAAAUUCAAACUAAUAAAUGAAAUUGCCCCAAAUUA